GCUCCUGCACGGUGCAUGUGCAGCUUUAACAGUCCGGACUGUCGCUUUAAGACAACGAUAGCUUUGUGUCUGAUUAAUUCAAUGUACGGCGACGCGUUAGUGGAGAAACCUUAUCAGACUCCAGCCGCACACAGAGGGAGACAGAGGAGAGGAGGAGCGCUGCGAGAGAAUUGGCUUCACUUACAAUAAAAAAAACACUUUAAGUUAUUAUUAUAAUAAAACCGUGGGUGUUUUUAAGAUGAAGACAUCUUGAGGAUGGGUUGCUCGGAGUAGAAGUCUGCAUUAUCGCGCACAAAAGGAGGGAAUUUUUUUUCCACCAGCUGCUUGGAGUAAAAAUAUAUCACAGGAGGAGGACAGAAUAUGUCGUCGGAAAAACACGGUCUCGAUGACUCUGGCCGUCAGACCAUGCAGCCUCCUCCAUACCUCCCGGGCCCUCAAGACCCAAACAUGCCCCAACAUCCCACCAUGCAGCCUGCACCGGGCACCCAACCUAAUUACCCUCCUCCGCCUCCUCCUCCGGGCUCAGAGGGAUAUCUCCAAGAAACCCAGUUCCAGUGCGCCCCACUGGGACCGCAGGGGGCCCCGCAGGGUUACGCGGUCCAGACCCAGGCCCCUGGGGGCACCAUGCCUCAUCCACCUGUAGGAUACCUCCACCCAGGCUACCCGCUUCAGCUGCAGCCCUGCACGGCUUACGUACCCGUCUACCCCAUGGCGUCGGGUCAACCCUACAUGCCCGCAGCAGGAGGCCACCCAGGGAUCCCACCGGGCCAGAUUCAUCCCAUGCAAAUGCCACCCAGCAUCACCCUAAUGGACCGUCGACCGCCACAUGACUAUCUGCCCAUCGCUGUGCUCACCACCGUCUGCUGCUUCUGGCCAACAGGCAUCAUUGCGAUCAUCAAAGCAGUACAGGUGCGCACGGCGAUAGCCAGAGGGGACAUGGUGACGGCGGAAAUAGCCUCCCGCGAGGCACGCAACUUCUCCUUCAUCAGCCUGGCUGUUGGCAUCGCCUCCAUUGUGUUGUGCACCAUCCUCACCGUGGUAGUCAUCAUUGCCUCGCAGCACCACGACGACGACUGGGAGCCGUAACUCCACGCAGUGUCAAGACAGAUGGGAAAUCAUGGCAUAUAUUAGCUAGCUAACCACUCUCAUCGUUUUGGAGGAAAUAGGAGCAAUGAGAAUGCAAACUGCUACUGCAUUGCUGGACCUCUGCGUACAGCUACACACACACGCACACACACACACACACACACACACACACAGACCAUCAAACACACGACCAAAAAACACCAAUCACAGCUGAUGUUCAAACACCAAAUGCAAGCAGCUGUCAAAUGAGGCCCAGUAUUGCUGUUAGCACAGCAACUGCUUAAUAUUUACACUCAGAUAUGAGCUGCAAAAGGGAAACAAAGCUCCCUGUAUUAACAAUUCAUUUGACGCUGAUUAAUUUAUACAGAUGAUGUAGUUAGAUGAGAGGAUAGGUCACUGUGUGUUCCAGUUUUAAAUAUUCCAGCAACUAAAUUAAAUGGGCCCACGCAGAGUUACUUUUAGGAUAGUUAAAUGCACAUUUUAGUCGUAUAGGUACAAGUAUACGUGUUUUAUUCUUUAAAAACAAAAAAACAGUGCCAUGUUGAAACAGUGUUGAUUUACAGAGUAGUAUUAUUGCUGACACACUCCAAUAACAGACUGUCAAACUGAUUGAAAGUGUUAGAGGGAGUGAUCAAUACACAUUUAACACACCAAAUGGAGACUGGACUGACAGAGUGUCUGAUGUAACCAAACAGUAUUUAUUUGAGAUUGGUUGUUCAUAUGCUACGUGGACAUUUUAGCCGAAUGAGAUGAUACAUAACUUGAGAAUUAUAUGUUUGUUGAUUUAUUUAAAAACCUGUUAUUUAUUAAGUUAUUCAAUAUCUACCCACGCAUCGAUUUGUCUGUUAUAAUUUAAAGUAUAUCACUAGUUUGUUGCAGCUAUCUGACACUUUGAAAUUGGCUUAAAUUUGAUAUCUGAUGAUGACGCACUUUGUAGUAACCAGUCAAGCUGCUUACAUUAAUAGUUCGUAUAGUGCAUGAUAAAUAUAAAUUUUAAGCUCAUGGGCGUCUAGUGCAAUAAUAGCUUGUCUCCCGGCUGUCGGUGGGAAUAUUUCCUGACAUGUCUAUAAGUGUGUGGUACAGUAUUUUCCAAACAAAACAAGAAAAGGAGACAAUUUAGAUAAGUAUUUGAAUCUUAGGUUUGCAAAUAUUGUUUUUCGCAAGUAUUUUAGAAGUGUAUUGGCCUAUUUUGUGUUGCACAUCUCUUAACUAUUUAAUCUCUCAGACACUGUGUGUGAAACUUUAGUGCAACUUUAUGAGGCAACAUAACUCUGCAUGUCAUCCUCAGUUUGUUUCCAUUCGUCUCAAAUAUCGAGGCUAGACGUGCGGCUGUGAGCUCCUAUAAUGUUGUUUCACUGUUGUAACACAAUAAGUCGGGGUUCAACAAAUAUGAGUAUGGUCUCCAUAAUGUAGCAGCAGGUGUGCUGUUGUUUGUAAGCGCCAACAUGGCCGUAUAGCGUUACUGUAUGAACUGUUAUGUGAGGUAUUAUGGGAGGAACUGGACAUGAAUGUUUUCCAAAAGGAGAGAGAGAGAAUAUUAAUGCCUAUACUGUAUUGUAGCACUUUCCGCUCUAUGAAAUCUUUCCUCUGGUCUCUUUCCUCUCUCUCUGUUUGUCUUUCUCCUGUCCACAUGAGUUAUUGGACCUAUUAAUAUUUCCCCUCUGAGUCCCCCUUUUUCCUCUGUUGGUUCCUAUGAUGACGCUAUUUUUAAAAGAAAUAUACAGAGAUAUUAAAAAUUAUGUUUGUUGACGAUGAACACAAAUAGAAGCAGUAUAAAUACAGUUUAUUCUGUAGUUUAUAUAUUAUUGUUCUUAUUAUUAAUAUUAUUAUUGGCAUUGCAUUGCAUUUGAUUAUCACUAAUGUAUAAUAUUAAGUACAUCUGGGCAUGUAUUUAUCAAAUGUCUGAAACUCCACUUAAUAGAGAGGCACAGUCCCCCAUGUGAACAAUUUAGGAGAUUAUUUUUCUAGUCAAGAACGUUGCAGUUUGUUGUAAAACUGUGUAGUUUAGUGUGAAACCACUCAGUGAACUACAUCUCUCAUCUCACACGAUAUACGUCAGCUACACUGGCUACCUAGCCAGGUAACUUAGCUAUGUUCCCCACACAAAUCUGGUGGUAUCUUAUCGGAUGUGUUUUAUCCAGCAACAACUGGUCUUUUUGUCAGCCAGAAAGCAAAAGAACAACCAAAACCUGUUUCUCGUAGGAGUACAUCCUGGCACGAAACACACAGGCAUCGUAGCUUUAGCGAGAGAGGAAAUAUGACGUCACCUACGUAUUUUCACAGUCUUAUACUACCACAGUUAUAUGACAAACUCUUGACUUGCAAAACUUUCUUUUAAAUGGACAAACAUCAUAUGAAAAAUUAUUUGUCUCUCCCCAUUGACUACCCAACAAGUUUAUUCUAAAAUAAGGUCCCAUGGUUGUCCGCAGGGAGGCGAGGGACUUUGCCUCUCUAUAAUUCUCCCAAGAGCCAACUCAAUAGUGAAAAGGUUUUAAAAAGAUAUUUAUCAAGUGAUGUCCUCCGAUAGAGUGGUGCUGGAAUGAGUCCAAAUGAAUGAGUCAGAAUUUUAGCACUCCUGGUUCCCGCCAAUCGGUUUUUGGUUAGAUGGCUGAAAAGAUGUCUGUGGUUAACACAAGCAUAACAGACUUUGACAUUUUGUUCUGGGACAUACAAUACGUCAGUAAAUACCCCACACUCAUAAAUUCUGAACUUUUCAUGUGAUUUAAAAAAGAGAGUUACUAACAAGUGGCUAAAUGAGACUACAGAAUGUCAUCAGCCUCGUCCAUGUGAACAAAACAUCUAAGUCUCAUAAAUGUGUGCAACAGAGCUUAUUUUCUGCAAUAAUUGAAAAGCCAAUGGAAAAAUCCCAUCGACUUUUUGUUGAGGCAACCAGGGUCGAGCUACCUUUUGGGUCAUGGUUACCAUGUUUAAGAAAAGAAUCCAUAUGAAUAUCCCCCCUACUCUGGCAUUCACAACCUCGUUAGUGUAAAUUUUCUGAGAGCUCUAACUUCACGACUUUCUAUGUCAUAAACACGACGUCAUGAGUUCCAUUUGAACGCAGCAUAUGUCUCAGAAGGUGUGUGAUCACCUCUGUUUCUGCUGUUAAUCCAUUUAACUAUUUUAAUUUAAGUAAUAAGAAUACAUAGCUGUCAUUCUUGAAGCAAUAGUUUGACUUUUUUGGAAACAUACUUAUUCACUUUCUCGCAGAAAGUUCGAUGAACAGAUCGAUAGCACUCGUCUGUGCGCUAAAUAUGAAGCUGCAGCCAGGAGAUGUUAGCUUAGCGUAGCAACAGCGUCACCUCUAAAAUGUUGUUGAUACACUUAAGUCCAUUGACCUCCUCAACAAACUCUGGGCAAGAAAGUGUGACUAAGCUUCCCAAAAUGUCAAACUGUGUUUUUUAAGUUAGUGACUUACAGCUGUUUGAUAAAUACAGGCCCUGUCCUUACAUGAUUGACUUAGUGAUAUUUCAGUGUUAAAAGAGCAAAAGAAGCACAGUCUUGUUUAGUAUUAUUAUUGUACAGAAGGCUCUGGCAGUGAGUGUGUGUCUACUGAAUAGAGUCACUAGCAUAUCUAGUUUAUACAGCGCUAGGCUUCAUCUCCCUGUGUGCUCUCCGAAGGGGCUCUUCUGUGCUCGGCAACAUAUAGCUGUUUACCACGCAGCUGGGAGAUGUGUUCUUCAUUUUCAUUUGUUUUGUUUUGUUUAGUUUUUGAGCUUGUAAAUGCGACAGGUUGCUUGUUUCAAAGAGCCAAAAAUUACCUGUGUACAUGUGGUUCUCUUGGGGUUUAUUAUUCUAAUUGCGUUCAUGGCUGUGUUGCACAUGCGUUGGUUGUUUCUGACUUCAGUUGUUUGAGUAAUGAAUAAAAGAAUCAUUUUUGGGUUGUGAGCGAUACUUUGGCGGAGGUGGCGUCGCAUUCUUUGGGUCUGGUUUUUCCCUGCUGGUGUCUCUCCAUCCUCUCCGUGUCUCUCCAUCUUCUGUGUCUCUGUGGCCUUUCCUCUCUCCCCUCAUCACUAAGGUGCUAUUUAUAGCUGCCCCGGUUUUCUCCCUCUCCGUCUCUCAUUUUCCUCCCUCUGUCAGAACAUGAACUACAGUAUUGCUCACUAUCUUCUCUUGUAUCACAUUGUGUUUUACAGCUGAUUAUUUUUCAGCAUUGUGGUGGCGAUUGUUUUUUACGAACCCAAUGCUAGCGUUGUGGGACAACAAUGUCGGUCUGCCAGUUGG